ACUGAGUGACCCAUAAUGAAGACGUCCAGGCCUUUACUUCUUCUUUAUGUGUUGCUGAUCGGUGUCUUUGUGACCACAGCCGAAGGUGGCCAUGUUCUGGCCUUACCAGGCGAGUACAGCCACUGGCUGAACAUGAGAACCAUCAUGGAGGAGCUGGUGAGAAGAAACCACACGAUCACUGUCUUAGUGCCCGACGCCUCACCCUCUGUCAACUACAACGAGAGCCGAUACACCGACAAGUUCAACUUCCUGGUGUUUAAGGUUCCAUUCAGCAGGUCGGAGUUUAAGGGUUUUUUUCAGGACUUUAUUCACUUCUCGAUGUACGAGUCACACAAUUCCUCCUUGUUACAGCGAUUUAUGGCAGUCAGUGAUAUCCUACGCCAGAUGUCUAAGUUUGGAAUGCAACAGUGUGAUGCCAUGUUGAAGAACCAGCAGCUCAUGACCACCCUGAGGGACUCCUACUUUGAUGUAGUUCUUCUGGACCCAAUGGUACUGUGUGGUGACCUGCUGGCUGACGUGCUCAACUUGCCGCUUGUCCUCUCGCUGCGCUUCUCACUCGGCAGCACCAUGGAACGCCAUUGUGGCCAAGCACUUGCACCGGCAUCUUUUGUCCCAGCAGCCCCACUGCCGUACAGCGAUCGCAUGACAAUUAUGGAGAGGCUGAUCAACUUGAUCACGUACAUGAUGACGUCAGCACUAGGCGAAGUGCACUGGAGGCUGACUUUCAGUUCAUACUACAAUGAGGUCAAAGGAAGUCCUGGAAGAUUCUGCAGCUCCUUGAUGAGGGCCGACGUUUGGCUCAUCCGAACCUUCUGGGACCUGGAGACUCCGCGCCCAGUCCCCCCCAACUUUAAAUUUGUGGGAGGUCUUCACUGCAAACCAGCCAAGCAGCUACCAGAGGACAUGGAGGCAUUCAUGCAGAGCUCCGGUGAUGCUGGUGUGGUGGUGGUCUCCUUUGGCUCAAUGGUACCAAAUCUGACAGCAGAACGUGCUGAUGUCAUCGCCACAGCCCUAGGAGGACUACCCCAGAAGGUGAUUUGGCGUUACCAUGGCAACACUCCUUCCACGCUGUCACCAAACACAAAAAUUUAUAAUUGGAUCCCUCAAAACGACCUGCUCGGCCAUCCUUUGACCCGAGCGUUCAUGACGCACGGUGGUACUAAUGGUUUAUAUGAGGCCGUGUUUCACGGUGUGCCGGUGGUCGGUGUGCCACUUUUUGGUGAUCAGUCUGAUAAUCUGGCCCGUCUAAGUCGCCGCGGUGCUGCGGUCAAUCUCCACUUCAACCAUAUGACAACCAAAGAGCUGAUGGAGGCUUUGCAUGCUGUCAUCAAUGAGCCAAGCUACAAGUGGAACAUGCAGCGUCUGUCAGUGUUGCAGCGCGACCAGCAGGUGGCACCACUGAGCACCGCCGCCUUCUGGGUGGAGUUUGUGAUGCGUCACGGUGGAGCCAAACACCUGCAGAUGGCGUCCCAGAAUCUGAAUUGGUUCCAGUACUACAGCUUGGACACAUGCACCACCCUGCUGUUCACCAUGGCUGCUGGCUCCGCCCUCUGCUGGGCGGGGCUCUGCUGUUGUUUGAAGCGCUGUAGACAGCAAGCAGGAAGACAGAAGAGUGCCUGA